UCCCGUCUGGUGACUAACCAAAAUGCAUCCCAUACAUCGAACGGCUACCAUCUGCAUGGACCUGCAUGGGCCUGUGCUGUGUGCUGUGUACUGUGUACUGCGUACUGUGCAUGUGACCGAUCCGCUGAUUGACUCUCUUGCUUGCCGGUUAGACACAGAUUCGGGACUGGGACGCGCCACACCGCCGAGGCGCGCACCCUCGCCUGGAAUGGGCGCUUCAGGUAGGCAUAUGCCAUCCCCCUCUGGACCGGGCUCUUUGCCGCCAGGUUUGAUAUCGAAACGUCGCGGAUUUGAUGAUGGAUCCAGCGAUUUCUCAUUAACUCCGAAUUUUAACAUGGAAUAUUCGGGUCCAAAACUCUACAAGCAACCAGCGGCCAAAUCCAAUCGCGGCAUUAUACUGAAUGCCGUCGAAUACUGCGUCUUUCCGGGCGCCGUGAACCGUGAGGCCAAACAGAAAGUGCUCGAGAAGAUAGCACGCUCGGAGGCGAAACACUUCCUAGUACUCUUCCGCGAUGCGGGCUGCCAGUUCCGCGCCCUCUACAGCUACAUGCCCGAGUCCGGGGACCAGGUGACCAAGCUGUACGGCACCGGACCUAGUCAAGUCGACGAAGUCAUGUUCGAUAAGUUCUUCAAAUACAACUCAGGGGGCAAGUGCUUCUCGCAAGUGCACACCAAGCAUCUGACCGUCACCAUCGACGCCUUCACAAUACACAACUCGCUCUGGCAGGGUAAGCGGGUGCAGUUGCCCAGCAAAAAGGACAUGGCGCUUGUUAUCUAAGUGCAACGUAGCGGAGCGGAGCGGAGUCCGGGCCAGUGGGCGCUUGGCGCUGUUUGGCCGGAACAAAAACUAUUCUACGACAUUGCGCAUUAAGACAUCUAUGGAAACAUUACGAACCAUAACUCGAACCAACCAUGAGUUCUUUCCAUAGCUCACGGAGGGACUUAUGGGCUAGGGUUAUGGUAUAGGGGGUGGGACUCUGGGACGUGGGCACUCGGCUUAAACCACUAAUAGCACAUGCUUGAGAAACGAGAAAUUUGAAUUUACAGAAAAUUUUGUAGAGAGUAAACGAUGCGAUUGAAUAUUUAUUUUCAAUAUAAAAGCAUAUAUAUCCGCCUAAGAAUUUAAGCAACAAAAAUGUAAUGGGCAAAAAGCAGACAACACAAAAUGCCAAAAGAAUGUAAUGAAGCCCCUUGAAUAAUUGUAUUUUUGUUAGUUUUCGUGCAGGAUUCAGCAUGUCAUGUGAGCGUCCUCGGCUGAAGUGUAGCUAGAGGGGAAAAGGGAAGAACAAAUGUAGAAAAUCACUUUUUAUUAAUUUGUUUUAUUAUUUUAUAUUGUUAUGAAGUUAAUCAUGUGAAAUUUUUCAUGGCCUUGGGCGGUCGGAAGCUGAAUUGUGUAAAAUGAGGCCGCUGCCAAAGUCGAAUCUAAUUUUAAUGCCACUAGCUAUUUAUUUUAACACUAAUUAAUAAUUACUUUUUAUGCGUAUUUAAAAAGGAAUAAUAAUGCAACUAAUAUUUAAAGAUA